GAGCGGAAGUGACGUCAGAGUUGCCGCAGAGACGCCGGAAGUGGAGGAGUUCUGUCUCUGGCGGUCCGCCUGGGCACCCGGAAGUCGAUGUUGGAGGCACCGGGAUCAUGAAGCGGGACGUGAGGAUCCUCCUCCUGGGGGAGGCCCAAGUGGGGAAGACGUCUCUGAUCAUGGCGCUGGUGGGGGAGGAGUUCCCGGAUGAGGUGCCGGCCCGUGCGGAGGAAAUCACAAUCCCGGCCGACGUGACCCCAGAAAAGGUUCCCACACACAUCGUGGAUUCCUCAGAGGUGGAGCAGACAGAAGAUGAGCUCAGAGAAGAGGUUACUAAGGCGAAUGUUGUCUGCAUCGUGUACGACGUCUCGGAGCCCAGCACCAUUGAGAUGAUCGCUUCGAAGUGGAUCCCCCUGGUGAACGGCGGCGCAGAGCGGAACUCUCGGCUUCCCAUAAUCCUCGUAGGGAAUAAGUCUGAUCUUCAGUGCGGCAGCUCCAUGGAGUCCAUCCUUCCCAUUAUGAACCAAUUCUCAGAAAUCGAGACCUGUGUGGAGUGUUCCGCUAAGAAUCUUAAGAACAUCUCUGAAGUCUUCUACUACGCCCAGAAAGCUGUGCUUCACCCCACCGCCCCCCUGUACGACCCGGAGGAAAAGCAGCUGAGGCCGCAGUGCAAAAAAGCUCUGACCCGAAUAUUCACCAUCUCCGACCAAGACAACAACCAGAUCCUGAGCGACGACGAGCUGAACUAUUUCCAGCAGUCCUGUUUUGGGAACCCCUUGGUUCCUCAGGCUAUGGAAGACGUGAAGAUGGUCGUCAAAAAGAAUACAGCAGAUGGUGUACGGGAGAACGGGCUGACGCUAAACGGCUUCCUUUUCCUUAAUACCCUCUUUAUCCAGCGGGGGCGCCAUGAGACCACAUGGACCAUUCUACGACGCUUUGGAUAUGAUGACACACUGGAACUGACCGAUGACUACCUCUACCCACCGCUGCGCGUCCCCCAUGAUUCCUCCACUGAGCUUAACCAUUUUGGCUAUCAAUUCCUCCAGAAGAUCUUCGAGAAGCACGACCUGGAUGGUGAUGGCGCAUUAAGUCCCUCAGAGCUGCAGGGCUUCUUCCAUGUUUUCCCAUACACCCCCUGGGGCCCGGAGCUGAGCAGCACAGUGUGUAUGGCAGAUAGCGGCCUGCUCCCUCUCCAUGGGUACAUGUGCCAGUGGACGUUGGUGGCCUAUCUGGACGUCCAUCGUUGCCUGGAGCAUCUGGGGUAUUUAGGGUAUCCGAUCCUGUGUGAGCAGGACAGCCAGACGCUGGCCAUCACUGUGACCCGGGAGAAGAGGAUAGACUUGGAAAAGGGACAGACGCAGAGGAGCGUAUUCCUGUGUAAAGUGAUCGGCCCCCGUGGGACGGGUAAAUCUGCCUUCCUGCGGGCGUUCCUGGGGCAGAACCUUGAGGAGCAGCAGCGGAGCCGCAGGGCGCCCUCCUUCUACUCUGUAAACACCGUGCUUGUCGGGGGGCAGGAGAAGUACCUCAUUCUCUUUGAAGUGGAUGUGGACACGGAUUUCCUGAAACAGUCGGACGCUGCCUGUGACGUGGCGUGCCUCAUGUACGAUGUCAGUGACCCCAAAUCCUUUAACUACUGCGCCAGUAUCUACAAGCAACACUACAUGGAGAGUCAGACUCCCUGUAUAUUUGUGGGGUGUAAAUGGGACCAAGGAGAAGUAAAGCAACAGCACGGGAUCUCCCCCGCCGAAUUCUGCCACAAACACCGGCUGCCGCCACCUUACCACUUCAGCUGCCAGGGGACCGUGGACAAGACCAUCUACAACAAACUGGCCACAGCCGCUGCCUUCCCGCACCUGCACGACACAGAGCUCAGCACCGCCUCCUUCUGGCUGCGAGUGGCGCUGGGAGCCACAGUUGCUGCCGUAAUGGGAUUCACUCUCUAUAAAGCUCUACUGCGCAGCAAAUAACCUGGUACCUCCGCACAUCCAGAACAAGACCAGCAACCACCACACGGGCACUGCGCCCGCAGAAGAGGAGCAGCCGACACUUUUAACCCCUCCUGCACUGACAAGGAACCUUCCCAUGUCCUGAUUUUUAUUUUUAAAAACACUUCUUUCCUGACCCAUUCAGUGUUGGAUUCAGAUUACAGUAUAAACUGAUGUAAAUGUCAAACAGCCCGAUAUUGCUGAUCAUGUACUGAUCCUGAUUUACAUCGUGUCUUAUACUCCAGUCACAGCCGGAGCUGCGUUCACAAUUCUGCUAACUUCCUGUAGCUGUGAACGAGGCUUUGGAUGUGAGUAGAGCAUUAGGCAGGAUUUAAAGGGGUACACCGCCCCCCCCCCCCCUUGACAUGAUACUCUCUAUCCAAAGGUCUGAUGGUGGCGUACCCCUUUAAUUCCGGAUCAGUCCAGGAUCGGGGGAGGAGUGAAGCUGUGACUGAGUUUCCCCUUCAUGGAGCGAUUGAUUCCAAGACCAAAGUGAAGACAGAAGCUUCAUGUUGACAUUUUUUUUACUUUCUAAUGAACUAAUCGGAUUGCGAAUAUUGUCUGCCGUGAUGGUGGGGGCCCUCGAUAGACCCCUGAUGUCCCGGAGGGUCUUCCCUGGUGGGCAGCCGUGUGUACAGUCUCACAGGAAUGGACAAUUUCACAUUUAAAAAUUAAUUAUAUAUAUAAAAAGCGAUUUUAAAGAAAUGCGCAC